AUGUCAGGAAUUCCCAACCUCCCAGAAACAUUCGAUGAUCUGCCCGACAAGCGCCGCUUCUGGCCUGGAGCAGCGGGCACCGAAGAAGAAGGACUUGGCAUGCUCCGUCUUCUGACCCCAGAAAUUGUUGCACAAGCUGCACGGACCCAGAUUCAAACAGGCGAGAGAGUAUGUCUGAACUGGGACAUGGAGAAGCUGAGUCCGCCAGGAUUUGGCCGCAAGGCUUUCGAACAUCGUGUGAAAUGGGUCGCCGAGGGCGUUGCCUUUGAUGACGAGUACCACUUUAACCCCCAACAAUCCUCCCAGUGGGAUGGUCUACGACACCACAAUGCGCCGGCCCCAACGCCAGAAAACAAGGAUCGAAGGGUAUUUUAUGGUGGGACUACAGCAGAGGAAAUCCAAGACGAGAACUCCUCGCGUAUUGGAAUUGGAUUCUGGGCGAAGAAAGGAAUUGCUGGACGCGGUGUGUUGAUCGACUAUGUUUCAUACGCGGCGAAGAAGGGAAUCGAAGUGAACGCUCUCAGCAGACAAAUGAUUUCCCUGGACGAGGUGCUGGAAAUCGCACGCGAAUGCAACAUUGAGUUCCAAAAGGGCGAUAUCUUUUUCCUUCGCGUUGGCUUGCCGGGAACGUGGGAGGCAAUGUCAUCCGAGGAGCGAGUGACUUAUAGUCAACAGGCAAUGCCGCAGCAUGCCGGCAUUGAACAAAGUGAGCGUGUGCUGCGCUUCGUGUGGGACAAUCAUUUCGCAGCUGUUGCGUCUGAUGCGGUUAGUUUCGAGGUUUUCCCAGCUCUGAAGCCCGAGUUUGAUUUGCAUCACUACCUGCUGGCAGGGUGGGGCAUUCCAAUUGGUGAAAUGUUUGAUUUGGAGGAGUUGGCGGCGACAUGCAAGCGGCUCGGCCGUUGGAGCUUCUUUAUCUCAAGCAGUCCAUUGAACUGCUCCCGAGGUGUAUCCAGCCCGCCCAAUUGUAUGGCGAUUUUCUAG